UAUCUGAAAAAUACAGAGGUUUCCACUGUGAUGUCCCUCCUGUCACCAUGGUGAAGAUGAGCAAAGAGUCCAAGCAAAUGCUCUUCAAGGGUGGUCGAUUUGUCGUCCACUGGUGCUUCAUCCCUCUCAUGGCUUAUCUGGGAUUUAAGAGGGGUGCAGACCCUGGAAGGCCUGCAUCAACAAUUUGGGGCCUUCUUCAGGGUUGGAGGACAUUAGAUCAUCUGGAUUUGGAAACAAUCAUUGGAUAGAAAAAACAUGGAAGGUGUGCACUCUGGCUGGGAUAAGAAAUGAGACAUCGUUGAGAUAUUUCCCAGUUGUACAAUAUAGGACUCCUACGUCACAGAUGCAUCUGUGGCAGAGUGGAACCUCUACUGAGUUGUGUAUGGUACAGACUGUAUCAAAAUAAGUGUUUCUAAUAAUUAAAAAAAUACUUUGAUAAAGUAGAACCCUCUCUCCUUCUUGGAACUCUGAUUUCCCUUAUGUUCUCUGUCAUCAUUGUCUAGUUUUCCUUCUAUCUCUCAGACCACUUCUCAGACUCCCUUCCCUGGGAAAUCUCUCCCACUCUG